UACAUUUAAAGGUCUGCACAGACUUGCGAUCCACUCAUCAAUGGUUUGAUGUUUGCGUGUAAUUAGUGCUCAAUUGAAAGCAUUGAUCACUUAAUUCACAUCAAUUGCCAUCCCUUUCGCAUCACUCGUGGUGUUUGUGAUCCAUAUAUUGAAGCAAUCAAUCCAUACAUUGAAUACAAGAGUGAGAAGUGUUGUAAUCAAUAGACAAACACUGAUAACAAAUUGGACGCCAUUUGGACUCAACUUUAGACCAAAUAAUGUCAUAAAUAAAAGACACAUUCGUUUGAAUGACUCAUUGAUUGACUCAUAACUGAUGGCAAAAUGUCUUUGCAGUCGACGCCUGAAUAUCUGAAAGGAUUACCGGUUUUCGACGAAAUGAAUUUCAGUCGAUUCCAGGCGGAGGGCUGUCGCAACUCGUCCUCUAAGAAGCCAUCCGUAUAUCUGCCCACAAAGGAUCACCCGUCGGAACAAAUCAUAACCACGGAAAAGACAAAUAUCUUAUUGCGUUAUCUUCACCAACAGUGGGAUAAGAAGAAGGCCCUCAAGAAGAGAGAGACCAACGAAGACAACGAGAAUGAGUCGCAAAACGCCAGGAAGAAGAAGAGGAAUGACUCGCAAACCAAUCAAUAGCUGAUAUGAUAUUAGAAUUAAUUUAGUAUUAAUUAAUUGAAGAAUCACUUGAAUGUCAUUUCGAUCUGUUUUUUAUAUCAAUUAUCCCGACUUUCAUGUCUAACAACCAUUUGAUGACAUUUUUGAAUAUUUAUGCGGUUCCGAGUCAUAAGUUAUUGAGAUUAUCAACAAAUUUAUCAAAUGAAAUACAAAUAAAACUAAUUUCAUGGGAUCUCUUGGCUAUAAUAUUAGAUCUCUGUUCUCAUUAUCGCCGGC